AUGUUUCCUACGCGCGUCCUCUUCAGCUCAGCUCGCUUGACGCUAUUCACACGCGCGGGCUGUGGUUUGUGCGAUACUGCCAAAAACACCGUCCUCCAGCUCCAGAAACGGCGUUCCUUCGAAUACGUCGAAACAGAUAUUAUGGAACCUGGCAAUAAACGUUGGAAGGAUGUUUACGAAUUUGACGUCCCCGUCCUCCAUGUUCAACCGGCUCGCGAUGGGUUGCCUAAGGAGGCAGACCUCUCCGAUGCCCGCAAAUUAUUUCAUCGAUGGACUGAGCAAGAGGUUGAACGGUCGGUUGAUGAGGCAGAAAAAGCACUGUCCUGA